AUGCCUGGAUUUACUUGCUGUGUGCCUCACUGUUACAACAACAAUAAGAAAGAUAGACAUUUGAGCUUUUAUAGGUUCCCAGCGGACACGGAGGAACGGAAAAUAUGGGUUGAUAGCAUUGGUAGAGCUGGGAAGAAAGGGAAGUUCAGUAGGUUUGAGCCAACAAUAGGGCACCGCGUUUGCUCUGAACACUUCGAAGGAGGGAAGAAAACGUACGAUAACAGAAGACCGACGGUAUUUACAUACAAAAAAGAAAAGGUAACUCAAUCUAGGAGAACUUUGAUAAGACAAACACCACCUGUCACUGAGUCUGCAUUGUCGGAAAAUGCAAAAAGAGACGUCGGACAUCACGACGACCAUUCCUACAGCAUGCCACAUUCAGACAUGGAGAACCUUCUCAAAGCAGUGAAAGAAAAAAGUGGGAUUAUUCAUGAAAUGGAGGACAAAUUGAGUGAUAUACAAAAAGAACUUUCAGAGACAAUACAGCAUCUUAAGCAAUGCCAGACCGAUUUGGAACAGACAAAGAAUAAUGCAGAGGAAAAUGAUGUGUGGGAAGAGCGUUAUAAAGAUCUCCAUAAAAAACUUGAAGAAGAGAAGAGGAAAGAAAACACUUUCAGCAUGGAGUCUUUGAAAGAGAAACCAGAAGCUAUCAAGUUUUACACGGGGUUUUCUUCUUAUGCAGAAUUCAAGAACUUUCAUGACUUUCUGUCUCCAGAUAUUUCUGAUAUGCACUACUGGGGUUCAACUUACCAUGACAAAGACACACCAAGAGGAAAAUACACCCGUUCUUUAGAUUCAGAAGAUGAAUUACUUCUUGUCUUGGCCAGGCUGAGAGUUGGAUUACUAGAAGAAGACCUAGCUUUCAGGAUGGGAGUAGGUGUAGCAACAGUUUCAAGGAUUUGCAGGACAUAUUUUGAGCUGAUGCAUUUUCGCUUCCGGCAGUUGCCCAUCUGGCCAUCUAAAGAAAUUGUAGAAGCUACUAUGCCACAGUGCUUCAAAGAAGAGUAUCCAUCUACGAGGGUCAUUUUGGACUGUACAGAACUUUUCAUUGAAAGGCCAUCAGGAUACGUUACACAGUCAGAGACAUAUUCUUCCUACAAAAGUCACAAUACUGCCAAAGGACUUGUGGGAAUAGCACCAAAUGGAUUUAUCACUUAUGUGUCAGAUUUGGCUCCUGGACGCAUGUCAGACAAAGAAAUGACAGAACUUAGUGGACUUGUGGAUUUGAUGGACGAGGGAGAUUCUGUCAUGGCAGACCGAGGAUUCCUAAUUGAUGAAUAUCUUGCGAAGAGGAAGACUGAAAACUGUCCAGACUGUUCUGAUUAA